AUGGGAAAAGCAAAAAAGGCCCCCAAAUUUACUGGCAUGAAGAAAAUAGUCACUCAAAAAGCUAUUAAACAUUACAAGGACCAAGUUUUGAAUCCUAACAAGAAGGACUUCAGUAAGGAAAAACUCCCCAGAAAUGUGCCGAACAUUUCUUCAACUCUUUUCUUUACACACAAUACCUCCUUGGGACCGCCUUAUUGUGUUUUGGUUGAUACCAACUUCAAUUUCUUCAUCCAAAACAAAUUGGAUCUGGAGAAGAGAAUGAUGGACUGCUUAUAUGCAAAAUGUACUCCUUGCAUCACAGAUUAUGUGAUGGCUGAGCUUGAAAAACUGGGCCAAAAGUACCGUGUAGCUUUGAGGUAA